UAGCUCAGAGAGUCUGAGUGAGUGUGUGUGUGAGAGAGAGAGAGCUGAGCUCCAAACUGUUCAGGAUCUCUGGAGCGACGGGGGCUCCUUGCGCAGUGGUCCGCUCAGGGAAACAGCUGCAACAGCCUCUCUUCAGCCUCCUCCCUGGAGAGCUUAUGGAAGUACCAGCAGCCGGAAACCAUGCACCUAUCCUCAUAUAGGAUCCAACACCUCGAUUUGUGUCCAUAAGGAGGAGGUGAACCUUGCAUCGGAGGAUAAUAUUUUGGCCAGCCUGUUUCUCUCUCUCUCUCUCUCUCUCUCUCUGUCCCUGCCUCUCUCUCUCUCUCUCGCUCGCUCUCUCCUCUUCGGCUCUUGCAGUUCUCCGCUCGAUUUUUUUUUUUUUUACUCUUCAAAAACGAGGCGCUGCUGUUUCUCAGAGUCUACCUGCUUUUCCAGCACCCAUGAAUUCUGAUAAAAAUGCGUACCUCGGCAAAGACAAAGGCAUCAUGCGGAAGCGAGCUCUGCUCCUUCGGAAGGGUUGCAGCUUCGAGAUAACCAGCUCCGCCUCAGAGGACCUGGGCUGCAGGCGUGGAGACUUCAGCAGGAAACACUAUGGUUCGGUCGAGCUGCUGAUUUCCAGCGAUGCAGAUGGGGCCAUUCACAGGGCGGGACGCUUCAGGGUGGAGAACGGCUCAUUAGAUGAGGGUUCAGACUACACUCCAGGAACAUGGAGGAGAACGGACGUCCAUCUGGAAAAUCCAGAGUACCACACCAGAUGGUACUUUAAGUACUUCUUGGGAAAAGUCCACCAGAACUAUGUGGGUACAGAUGCCGAGAAAAACCCUUUUUACCUGUCGGUCGUCCUGUCGGACCAGAACAACCAACGGGUCCCUCAGUACCGAGCUAUCCUCUGGAGAAAGUCGGGAACCUUGAAGAUCAGCCUCCCUUACAGCCCGACUAAAUCACUAUCAGUCAAGUCCAUCCUAAGUGCAAUGAACAUGGACAGGUUUGAAAAAGGCCCCAGGGAGAUCCUCAACCCAGAGAUUCAGAAGGACCUGCUGGUGUUGGAAGAACAGGAGGGUUCAGUCAACUUUAAAUUUGGUGUGCUGUAUGCAAAAGAUGGACAGCUAACAGAUGACGAAAUGUUUAGCAAUGAGACGGGGAGCGAGAACUUUGACAAGUUCCUCAAUCUGCUGGGUGAUACCGUUACACUGCAGGGAUGGGCAGGCUAUCGCGGAGGGCUCGACACCAAGAAUGACACUACGGGACUUCAGUCCAUCUACACGGUGUAUCAGGGGCAUGAGCUCAUGUUCCACGUCUCCACCAUGCUUCCCUACUCUAAAGAGAACAAACAGCAGGUGGAGAGGAAAAGGCACAUUGGAAACGACAUUGUUACCAUAGUAUUUCAGGAGGGGGACGAGGCGUCGUCAUCCUUCAAACCAUCUAUGAUCCGGUCACACUUCACCCAUAUUUUUGCAUUAGUUAGGUAUAAUAGCCAGAAUGACAGCUACAGGUUGAAGAUUUUCUCUGAGGAGAGUGUCCCACUGUUUGGACCCCCUCUCCCAUCUCCGCCUGUAUUUACCGACCACCAUGAAUUCAGGGACUUUUUAUUAGUCAAAUUAAUCAAUGGAGAGAAAGCCACACUGGAGACGCCAACGUUUGCACAGAAACGUCAGCGGACCCUCGACAUGUUGAUCCGCUCGCUCUACCAAGACCUCAUGCCUGACUUGCACAAGGUUCCCUUUUCUCCCCAGAACAUGUUAAACCGGAGGUCUUUCAGCGACGUGCUCCCUGAGUCUCCGAAGUCGGCGCGUAAGAAGGAGGAGGCGCGGCAGGCCGAAUUCGUCAGAAUAGGGCAGGCUCUAAAGCUGAAGACCAUCGUGAGAGGAGAUGCACCGACGAGCCUUGUUACCACAGGCCUGUGCAGAAAAGAGCCAUGGGAAUCUCAGUCUUUCUGCAGCACGUUCCCCUAUGAGAUUGUCUGUGCUGACUCGUGGGGUCAGUCUCUGCUGGUGGCCACUGACGCAGCCGGUGUCAUGAUGUUGGACGGACCUGAUCCAGCCCUGCCAUGUGCCGAGACGCCGACGCUUCCUCCGGUGCAGGUGUUUGACAAAACCAUGGCAGUGAAGCAGAUGCACAUUCUAGAGCCUCAGGACCUACUGAUCACCCGAGCGGACAAAGGAAAGGACGCUCGACUCUACGUAUUCAGACUCGGUGCGAUCAAGAGAGGCUUGGAGGAACGGCAGCUCGUCAGGAGCAAGUGUGACUGCAGAGAGAACAAACUGGAGAAAACUAAAGGUUGUCAUUUGUACUCUAUCAACACCCACCACGGCUCCGAGCUGAGAAUAGUAGCUGCCAUCAGAACCAAACUCCUCCUAAUUACCAGGAAACAUCCACGGUUCAGCGCUGUCGCCACAGGAGCAGACUCUCCAGUGGAGGAGUUUCAGUACAUACGGGAGAUCUGUCUGUGUGACCCGCCUGUGGUGAUGGCGCUGGUAGACGGUCCGACGGGGGAAAACGACAACAUGAUAUGUGUGGCCUAUAAGCACCAGUUUGACCUGAUCAAUGAGAGCACCGGGGAUGCCUAUCGACUUCAUCAUGUUGAUGCCAACAGGGUAAACUUCGUAGCAGCCAUUGAUGUGUAUGAAGACGGCGAGGCAGGCCUCCUCCUGUGUUACAACUAUAUUUGUUACUAUAAGAAAGUUUGCCCGUUCAACGGCUCCACGCCGAUGAUCCAGUCCAACACCUCUGAUUUCAACUUCAGCUGGAACCAGAUGCCCAAUGCUAUUGUUUGCGCUUUUCCUUAUAUCCUCGCCUUCACAACGGAUUCCAUUGAAAUCCGACUGGUGGUCAACGGGAACCUCGUGUACACAGCAGUGGUCCCGGAGCUGCAGCUGGCUUCCUCAAGGUCGGACAUCUAUUUUGUCUCGUCAGCGCCGGUGAGCUCAGCCUCCAACUGCAGUUCCAGAGACACCAGCUCCCAGAGCUCCCCGCAGACGCCCACUGGCUACGAGAUGCCCGUGUUCCCUUCGCCGCUCGGAGACGAUUCAAUACGGAUCCCCUAUGGUACCAAGCUUUCCCUGUACAUGUCUAAGGAUGCCGAAGGAGAAGCAACAUGUAAGCACAUCUUCAAGAUCCCUCUGUGCAACCUGGUGGGUCGCAGCAUUGAAAGGCCCCUGAAGUCCCCUCUGGUCAACAAAGUGAUGACCGCGCCCGCCCCCGCCAUGAUCGCUCCCACUCCGCUUAUCUCCGCCACACACUCGCUGUCCCUGUCCCGCAUGGAGAUCAAGGAGAUAGCCAGCCGCACACGGAAGGAGCUUCUCGGCCUGACAGAGGAGCCGAGCGGCAAGCCGGACAGCGGAUCAGUCAAACAGAGAAAGAUGAGCAAGAAGAACACUGACGAGGAGCCCAAAGCCCGAGCGCUGACAUCAACAAACAGUGACAGGUUGGCCUCAGACUCGGCCGAAGCGGAGCUGGACGUCCAGCUCCACUGCUCCUCCGGUUUGGAGGUCGAUCCAGAGAUGGUGGUGCUGCAAGAAGAGAGUCCGCCUCUCGCCAGCGCCUUCGCUCUCUCCACGUCCUUCGAAGAGGACGUCCUGGACCUAAAGUGAAGACAAUCCUGUCGUGCACUUCUCUGCUACCGUACCCCUUGUGCUGUCACAGGCAUUACGUUUUUGUUUGUGUUGCUUUGAAUUGGUUUGUGGAAAUGUUCCCCUGCCUUCUAACAUCCUGGCUCUCUCUCCGCUCAUCAGCCAGGGUCCCCAUCAGGUCAUGGUGGGGGUGACGAAACAUGUCUCUGUGCAUGUUUAUCGUGAGCCGUCCCUCAGUCGCUGCGCUGGGUGUUUUUUUUGUGGCCCCGCGGCGGAUAACCCAAAAAGGCUGUGAGGCUCUGCGAGAUGCCCGGGUGUGUUUCGGUAUCUACAGUCGGUUUGAGCCCAAAACUGCAAACCGAAUGUAGAUCGGCAAAGAUCUGCGCAUCCCUACGCAGCUCCCUCUGCAGCCGCAGACUACGUGUUAUAUAUUGUUUCAGAUCUGCUUGCAAAUGUUGUACGAUAAUCUGUAUGUGUACAUCUGUUUAUACACCAAACUGCAAACAGUGCCAGGCACGCCUGUCUGAUCUGUUAUACAUAUUUAUAGAUAUAUUAUAAAAAUCAGUUUUGCUCCAGCCUUCAGUGACAUGAUGUUUUCUGCUCUCUGCACCUACCCUCACUCUCCACGAAAAACACGUUGACAGGGCAGGAGGCAAAGUCUCCCUUAAGUGCCAUUCCCCAACAUCCUCCACCGAACUGCUCCCACAGCGACCGCCGCACGGUGGCCUCUGAGAGCGGCGGCCAUGACUGUAGUCCACGUUACACGAGUCUCUCUGCAUUUCCAAGUCAGUCUGGGUUCACUCGCCUGAAGAAAGACCAACACUAAGCCAGCACGGCCGACGUCCGGUGCCGGAAAAGUACACAAGGCGACAGAGAUCCGAUAUGUCUGCAGCGUAGGUUAUUGGAUGGUUGAUUGAAAUCUGACAAAAACGAAAUUAAAUCAUAAGGUUGUGUUAUUUGUUUGCCUAAUCUUAAGUGUAAACAGGCUUUCACAAAGCGUUCCAUACCAAGAAACGCAUCUGUGCGAGAUAGAUAUACCAACUUAAUUUAUUGUAUUGUUUCUACCCCAAAACAUGUUGAGCUUUUUGAAAUCC